AUGAACUUAUUGCAUCAGCCAAGAAACAAUAAAAAACGUUUAACAAUUUCAAAAGAAUUGGCUUAGAGAAAGUAAAGCAUUAUUUUACAUAUUUAAUGUAUUUUUAAUUCAUUAAUAUAUUUUAAGCUGGAACUUAAUUAGUUAAGUAAGACUCAUCUUCAAAACUAAACAAAUAAGAGAAAUAAAAUCGAAAAGCAUCAAUUGAUUCAUCACUUCAUUCACAUUCUUCAUUCUUUGUUCAAAAAAAGUUAUAUAUCAAAUUAAAAUAGAAAUCCAAAAGAAAGAGAAAUAGGGGAGUAUGCCGAAUACUAAUUGAAUUCUUCUGAAUUUUCUGAAUAAUCCAUACCAACAAUUCAAUUUGUUAACAUUGAAUCAUAAAAGCCAACAAAAUAAUUUAUCGAUAUAUUAAAUGAUAAGAACCACUAAUUUAAAGAUGAUUUUGAUGAAGAAAUUCAAUAAACAUAAAAGCAUGGAAAAUUAUCAAAAUAUGUAGAACUCUUUGCAUUAGAAUAAGAUUAUCAUUUAGAGAAUGAAGGAGCAUAUGAAAAAAUAAUUAAAAGAUAUGAAAAAUACUAUUAAAGAAAUCCAUUUUAGGAUCCAUUUUACAUUUAAUUAGUACCAUUAAAAGGAACAAAAAGAUUAUUUUAUGAAUUAAAAGUAAAUUUAUAUUUAAUUUUAAGAAAUAUUAAGAUAACAUUAAAUUUUUAAAAUUUAGAAAAUUUGUUGUUUUUUUAUCAUUAAUAUUUCCUAUAUUAGCUAAUGAUAUGAUUAAUAGUAGGAUAUAUAAAAUAUUGAUGACUAUUUUAAUAUUAUUUAAUGUCUUCCUUUUUAUUGUUGUAAAGACAGAACAUAGAGAAGAUACAUUUGAAAUAGAAUAAGUAAUUACAAUACUUUUUAUUAUUGAAAUAAUAGUUAGAAUUUUAGUUUCUGGAUUCUUUUUUACAAAAAAUGCAUUUUUUCUUAGAAUGUAGGAUAUUUAUGAUUUCACUUUAAUAUUUGCUACUACAAUUAAUCUUUAUUAUCCCGAAAUAUUUAUAAUUGAUAUUUCACCAUUGAGAAUGAUAACACUUUUAUUUUAUUUGGGUGAUAUAUUCAAUGAUUUAUAAGUAAUGCUAAAAGCUUUAAAAUAAUCAAUAAAGUUUUUGAUUGAAGCUUUAAUGAUAGUUGGACUUUUUUCUCUUUUUUUUGCAAUAUGUGGAGUAUUUCUAUUUUAAGGAUUAUUUAAUUAUAGAUGUGAAUUUGAAAAUGGUGAUGAAACAGCUGGAUGGAUUUAAUGUCAUUAAAAUUCUUGUUAUGAAGAUGGUAUGAUAUGCAAAUUUACAAAUGAAACUCCUAAAAUGCCAACAUCAUUUAAUAAUGUGAUUUUUUCAUAUGGUUAAAUUUUAAGAACAAUAACAAUGGAUGAUUGGAGUUGGGUAAUGUUUUUUACUAUGAGAAUAUUUCAUCCUUGGAUUUGGAUCUAUUAUUUAUUAAUUAUAUUUGUAGGUGGAUUUUUUGGAUUCAAUUUAGUUAUUGCAGUUCUUAAAACACAUUAUGCAGAGGCUGCAGAAGAAAGUGCUAAAAAAUAAGAAGAGGCUGAAAUUAAUAAAUUGAUUAAAGAUAAUUAAGAGCAUCCAGAAAGAGAACUUAUAAAUGUAUUUGAUGUAGCAUUUUUAAGAUAUAUUGGUUUUUUUUCUACUAUACAAAAGUAUAGAGAAUGUUUUGAAAGCAAAAUCAUUAUGGUUUCAAAUUUAGAAUCAGAAUCAUAAAUGAAUAAAAAUAUGUAAGAAGCAAGAACAUUAUCGGCUGCUUAGAAAAAAUUAAGUGGCCAACAUGUAUUAAAUCUAAUUUAUAAAUUAGAGUUUCGAGAACUAAAGUUUAUUUACUAAAAUAUAGUAAUUUACUAUCAAACAUAUUUUACUAAGAAAAUUUAGAUUACUCAAACUUUAAUAAUUAAAAAUCAACAUUAAGAAUUAUUCUGAGGAUCCUUUAGAAUUAGAAAUUUUAUAAAAACUAUCAAAUACAUCUUAUUCUUCUUUAUAAUCUUAAGUCAAUUAUUAAUUGGAUUAAUGUUUUUCAAGUUAAAACGAUGUUUUAUUAAAAUUCAUGUAUAUUUACAAUAUAUUAUUAGUUAGAUUGAAUUAGCAUUGCAAGAAGAAAAAAAAUUUAAUCCUGAAAAAAUGAGAAAAACAAAAUUUAAACAUUCAUAUCCAAAUUGGUCAAAUUAAGUUAAAUUAAUUAAGAAAUAAGCUUAGUAAUAAAAAUAAUUACAGAGAACCUAUUUUCCUUUAAAAAAAAGAAAACUUAAAUGGAGUAUAAAAUUUAAAUAAGAGGAAGAAAAAGAAUAAGAAGAAACAAGCAAGAAUUCUUAUGAAAUGCUUGAAAAAUUUCCAGAAUAGAAAAAUAAAAAUUAGAAUUAAUAAAAAAAAGAAUAAUAGAAGAGAAAAUCUAAAAAGUUUGCUAAAAUUGUAGAUGGUUAAACUUUGAUAUUUGUUUAAGGUUAUUAUAUAAAUUAUGAUGAAAUAAAAGAUAAAAUCAAUUUAAAAAUUCCAAUAAUCAAAAAUCAUUUGACAAGCAAUUAAUUUAAAUAUCGAAAAUUGAGAGAAAAAGAAUUAUAAUCUGGAAAAAUAAUAAAAAAAAGUAAUUGGUCUGGAAAAGAUAUAUUAACUUUAAAUACAAAAAACCUUGAGUAUUUCAAUCUUAUUUUUACAUAAUUAAACUAAAAAGAUAUUAUGAUAUGGAUGAAAGGUUUAAAGGGUAAAAUUCUAAAUUUUACUAAAUAUUCAAAUAUAAUUAUAACUAGUUCAACAAGUAGGGUUUGUUUUGAUUUAGUAAUUUUCAUAAAUUUUACAUUUCUUUCACUUUGGAAUAUUGCUGAUUCUAAAACAAUCCAUUAAAUUGAGAAUGUUUCAACAAUAUUAUUAUCAAUUGAAUUAUUUCUACGUAUAACUUCAAUAAAAAUAAAGGAUUUCACUAGUAAUCCUAAUUACAUGUUUUAAGCAGCAAUAGUGAUUAUAAACAUUAUUGAAUUAACAAUAAAAGAUCUGUUAAGUGAUUUUGGUGAAUAAAAUUUAAGAUUAAUUAGAGGAACAAAAUGUUUAUUAUUUUACAGAUGUCUUAAAUAUAAUGCUAUGGCUGUUAGAAUUGGACAUAUAGCUUCAAUGACAUUUAAAUAAUAUAUUUACUUGACAUUUUUAAUGUUUCUAGUCAUUUUUAUGUAUGCUUUGGUCGGUAUGGAAAUGUUUGCAGGUGAAUUUGAUUAAAAUGAUACAUUAGGAUAAUUACAUUCAUAUAAUAAUAUUUUUAAGGCAUUCAUGACUAUAUUUAAUAUAAUGACUAAUGAUGAUUGGUAUGGAGUAUAUGUUAUGGGUAGUGAAUUAAAUUAUACUUUUGCAGUAAUUUAUUCAUAUUCUAUGGUUUUAAUAUUGAAUUAUUUAACAUAUGGUUUAUUUAUGGCUGUUUUAUUGGAUGGAUUUGGAAAAUAUUUAAAUUAAUCAACUGAAAAUACCCCUUUGUUUAAUGAUCAAUAACAUGCUGAAAUAACGUAGAAUUCAAAUGAAGAACUUGAAAAACAAGUUUAAUAAACUAUUCUUAGUCCAAUAGGAUCUUAAACUCAUUUUAUUUUUGAAAACAAUUAAACAAAAUCAAAAGUUGAUUUAAUAACUAAUUUUUUCAAAUCUAUCAGUAAUUUUUAUAAUUAUUUAGUUUAGAAUAAUUAAAUAAAGAAUUAUUAAAUCGAACACCAAAACUUUAUGCUGGAAUUGAAUGCUAGAGUUCUCUUUAUAUUUUUGAGAAAGAAAAUAUUAUAAGAAUAAUAUGUACUAAGGUUGCUACUUCUAAAAUUUAUGUAUACUUUAUGGACUUAGUAUUAUAUGCUUCUCUUGUUACAUUUAUUAUGAAUACCUAUUAUGAUUAUGAGGAUAGUUCAAAUAAUACAUGCAAUAUCAUUUAAUUAAUAAUAAAUAUAUGGAUGUCAAUUGAUAUAGUAAUAAAUGUUAUAGCCAAAGGAUUAUUUUUAGAUAAAGGUUCUUAUUUUAUUUCUUUAUGGUAAAUUUUGGAUAUUAUCUAUAUGAUAUCUCACUUCAUAACAUUUGGUAUAUCUGAUGCAUAAAUAUUAAAUUUUUUUUAAUAUUUUGGAUAUUUAAGACCAAUGAAAUUAUUAUUUCGCAUAAGUUGGUUAACUUAAUUAAGAAUAGCUCUUGGAUACUCUUUAGUUGAUAUCACAAAUGUUUUAAUUACGAUGUUGUCAGUUUGGAUUAUGUUUGGAGUUUACGGUAUAAUACUUUAUGAAGGUUCUUUUGGUUUUUGUGAUGAUAAAAUGAAUUUCGAUGUUAGUUUUGAUUAGUGUACUAGAGAGAAUGGACAUUGGAUUAAUUAUAAACAUAAUUUCGAUAACAUUACAAUAGCAAUUCCAACUCUGUUUGUAACAUCAACAUUAGAUGGUUGGGGAGAAAUUUAUUAAGUAGCAGAGAAUAGUUAAUUAUCAAAUAUAGGACCUUAACCAUUUAAUAGUUAUAUUUACACAUAUUUUUUCUUUAUAAUAUUUGUGUUUAUUGGUUCAAUGUUCUUUUUAAGUUUAUUUACAGGGGUAUUAUAUUCAAACUUGAAGGAAAAUUAAUAGAAGAUAGAAAUGACAGAUGUAACUUAGUCUUAAAAGGAAUUUUAAGAGAUCUCCUCUAUUAUUAUAAAAGAUUUCCCAAUAUUUAGUUCUCCUCCGACAAAUGGUAUAAGGAAAUUUGCAUCAGAUAUAACAAAUAAUUCUUAUCUUUUAAUUUUCAUGUAUCUCUUACUUAUAUUAGACUUAAUAAUUCUAUUAUUAUUUGAAUCAGAUAUGAGUGAAGAUUAUUUUAGAGCAGUGAAUAAUGUUCAUAAUGGUUUGACUGUAAUAUAUGUAGUUUGGAUAGUAUUAUUAUUUUUAGCUUUAGGUGUUGGUAGAUUUUUUGAUAAUUAUUGGAGAAGAUUUUAUUUUUUUUUGAUUUUCGUGUCAAUAAUAGAUUUUAUUGCUGAUUAUUCAGUAGAUUGGAUAAUGAUUUAUUAUAGAUCAACUCCUUAUGAUAAAGGUUAUUAAAUAUUAAGAAUUUUCUUUUCACUUAGAAGUUUAAGAGUGAUACUUAUAUUUUAAGGAUUAAUAAAUUUAUAAAGAUUGAUGAGAGUAAUGGUAUUUGCAUUGCCAUUUUUAGGUAAAAUCUUUACAAUAUUAAUGAUUGCAAUGUUAAUAUUUGCAUUGAUUGGUUGUUAAUUAUAUGGAUAAAUAGAUAGUGGAGCAGUUAUGGAUGAUUAAAUAAACUUUUAAAAUGUAGCUUAAGCAUUAUUGGCUCUAUUUAAAUGUGCUUCAGGAGAUGAUUGGAGAACUAUUAUGACAGAUACUAUGUAACAUAAUCCACUUUGUCUUGAUGAUCCUAAAUAUUGUGGAAAUGUAAAUAAUUAAUAUUUCUUUUUUCUUUUUAUGCUUUUGUCAAAUUAUGUAUUACUUAAUCUUUUUGUGCUUGGAUUAAUUGAAUAAUUUGAAUAGUUUUUCUAAUUAUAAAACUCUCUUAUUCAAACUUAUGUUGAAAAUGUUGAUAAAAUUAAAACUGUUUGGUGUAAAUACUCUUCUGAAACAUAAGGAUAGGCAAUGAAUUAUAAAUUUUUAUGUAAGUUUCUUUUAGAUAUUGGAAAACCUUUAGGUGGAGGAAGAGAAGAAAAUUUAUGGGAUGUUGCAAAAUUAGCAUCAAAUUUUAAACUAUAAUGGUAACUAUCAUUUCAUUAAAAAUAGUGAUCAUUAUGGUUUUAUAUAGUAUAAUUAAUUGAUGUAUGAACUAUUUAGAAGAUGUUUUGUCAAUGAAGUUUUUAAAGAGGGUUCUGAAAGUUCUAUUGUCAAAAUUAAAUAAUUCAAUAAAGAAAUGCAAUUAAGAUUAAUGUAUUAUAGAAAAAAUAGAUUAUUGGAAAGAUCAAAUAUAAGUCCUAAUAAAUAACUUAAAGCGAAUUUCAAUAUUUUACAUGAUUAUUUAACUGUACUCAUUUUAUUUAAGACUUGGGAAUCCUAUUCUAAAUUGAUGUUUUAGAAAAUUUGUAGAGAAGGUAAUUUUUCAGAUAGUGACGAAAUUUCAAUUCAUAAUGAUAAAAAAAACAAAUAAAAGUAUUUAUUUUAAUUUUAACUAUAUAGUUUUAAUAAUUUUGACUUUGAUGAUGAUUUAUCUGAAUCUGAUAACAUGACACAAUAAUAGAUGAUUAAUUAGAUUUCUUAAUAAUUUAAUAAUUCAUUAAAUUAAAAUUUAAUGAUGCAAUUUGGUGGUAGUAUUUAGAGUGUUUCAAAGAAUCAAAUUGGAAGCAUUAAAUAAACAAGUUCAAAAAGAGAUUAGAGUUUUAGAAAUAAUAAAAAGAAGGGCAAUUAAAAAAUUAAAAUUAAUGAAUAAUUGAAAGAUAAUGAAAGCAAUAAAGAAUUUAAACAUUGGAAUACUCAGUAAAGUUAAUCAUAAAUAGAUAAGAAUGAAAAACUACCUUAUUAUAAAAAUUAAUAUGAUCUCUCUUUAUAAAGCGACUAUAGAGAAGGUACAUUAUUAAAUGUAAAAAAAAAUUAUUGA